AUGGUCCCCUCGAAGAUCCCUGAAGUGGAUAUUGAAAGAGUCUUGUCCUAUGUUCAACCCUUCGUAGCCCAACACCUUGAUGCGCAUUCAUCAACAUCAACCAAACGCCCGUUCGUCCUAUGCCUAACAGGCCUCCAAGGCAGCGGCAAGUCUACAUGGACAGACGCGCUUGUGACAGCUCUUCAGCAAAAUUUCAACUAUAACACUAUCAAUCUCUCUCUGGACGAUCUGUAUCUUGACCACGACGAACUUCUCAAUGUGCGUAAGGGCAACCCAUCAAAUCAACUUCUUCAGGCGCGAGGACAACCUGGGACACAUGAUAUUGCUCUUUCCCUCGCUUUCUUUGAGAGUCUGAAGAAUACUUCUGGAGAUACUUUGAUUCCCUCCUUUGAUAAGAGCAAGUUCAAUGGAGAAGGGGGCAGAGCGCCGCAAGAGUCUUGGCGACGUGUUCCCGUUGGUACAAAGGUUGAUGUUGUGGUUUUCGAAGGGUGGUGUGUCGGUUUCCAACCAUUGACAGACGAGGUUAUCAAAGAGCGCUGGAAUGAAGCAUCGCAAGCUCGGACGACGAAAUAUCCGAUUCAGACUUUGAGGGACCACACGAUCGAGGAUUUGUUGCAUGUGAAUAACAACCUUCGACGAUACAGUGAGGUGUUCAUGGGCCCCCAACACUCUGACUACUUGAUUCAUCUUGACACGGAUGAUUUGGUGAAUGUUUACGAGUGGCGUAUUCAACAAGAGCAUGCACUUUGGCAGGUGAAGAGUCAGGGUAUGACCGAUGAUGAGGUUGUGAGAUUUGUGAAGGGCUAUAUGCCUGCAUAUGAGCUGUAUCUUGACCAAUUACGGCACGGCUUCUUCAGGUCCCAUGCGGGCUGUGAGGAGAAGGGGCAACUAAGUGUGAUAUUGGACAGAGAGAGGAACAUUGUGAGAAUGGAAAAAGUUUCAUCGUGA